AUGACUACAGAACCGGCGACCCUUUCGUCGACAACGACAAAUUCGACUGAAGUCGAUACUGUCGCAAUGGAGAAGGUUUCCACUGGCCCUGUCCAAAAGCCAUCGCCCCCUAGCCCUCCCCAACGCGCGCAAUCGCUUCACGAAGUCACUUUCGAGGGACUCGCCGCGCCAGACUCUGCUCGGAAACCCGUUCGACACUCUACCGAUCCCAACUUUCGACCACAUAAUUCCAGACAAAGCCUAAGCUACAAUCAAAGAAGCCCUGCCGACGUUUACUACGAUUCGAGAGCCGCAACACGUACAGAAUGGAAGAGACGUGGUAAGACGCUUGAGGAAUACUACGAUGACAACCCCGACCUGCUACCACAGUUGCCUUUUACCUGGCAUCACGGCUGGCGUCGGUUUCGUCUUUUCUUCUGGGCAUUUGUAGUCUUUAUAGAUGCCUCAGCACUACCUAUUGCCCUCUACUACGGCAUGACAUAUGCCGGACACGUCGAGGGCUGGAUUAUCUUUGCCGUUGUCACCACAAUUUGGGGAGGCCCGACGUACCUCGAAUUUGCUAUACGUACUCUUCGAUUAAUCAAGAAGGAACGGUUCUACCGCCCACUUGGUACAGAUAGCCGAUGGUGCUUCGAUCUUCUUACGUGGACCUCUGUCAUUACAAUAACCGUCGUCACGGCUUUAUUCAUUGUGGGUGGCGCUCCACAUAUCGUCUUUCUGCGCGUUCUAUCGAUGCCUGCACCUGCCAUUCUGUAUGCUGUUGGAGGUGUUUUGGCCCUCACAACAUUAUAUCAUCAGAUGGGCUGGGUCGCACCAUUUCGCUUGAGCUCAACUCCCAAGGGAGGAGUUGUGCUUCCCGGUGUCUACUACUUCAUUGAGGAUGUCAUUGCCGUCAAUGCUGGAGCCGGAAGGCCUUACAGAGAGGCACUGGCAGCUAGAUAUAAGGCUAGCCCUCGUUUCCGACGCAUGUUGCACGUCCAAUCGUGGUUCUGGUCUAUCCCUGCACUUGUCCUAGCGGUGAUACUUACUGUUGUUGCCGUCAUCCCUCCCGUACCCGAAACUGUUGCUUACGGCGUCUGCUGGGCAGUCCCAUUCCUUUGGGUUACCCUCUGGGCAUUCAUCUCUGCUCGCUGGUGUAAGCACGACAUGGUUCGAGAACGGGUCGAGUGGGAAGCCAACCAGAUCAGACCAAUUGCCGAAGACCCAACCGAGGACGCGGUCUAG